AUGAAGCUCAUCAGCACCUUGAGCAAAAUCACCCUGGCCGCUCUGGCCGGCACAGCCCUCGCCUCCCCCGCCGCGCUAGUGCCGACACCAGCAUCCGAGAUAUCUACGCCAGUCUCGACGGAUCCAAAGGUGAUACCCCCAGUCCCGGCCACCAUCGUGGCGACCGAGGACGGCACCUGCGGAAUCUUCAAGAACGGCACGACCUGUGAAGACACUGAGCACGGUGCAUGCUGCUCGAUUGCCGGGUUUUGUGGAAACGGGCCUAGCUUCUGCCUCGAGGGAUGCCAGCCAAAGUUCGGUAGCUGUGGCAAGGCCGCAAUGGGAGACGCUGCACCAGCUGCGCAGCUUGCCGUACUCCCUAUCUAG